AUGGCUGUGUGUGUGUGUGUGUGUGUGUGUGUGUGUGUGUGUGUGUGUGUGUGUGUGUGUGUGUGUGUGUGUGUGUGUGUGUGUGUGUGUGUGCGUGUGCGUGCGUGUGCAUGUGCGUGUGUGUGUGUCAUGGUGUCUUGGGCUGGUUGCUUUUCUUCUGCGAAUUCCAGAAAUGUCUGUUUUGGAUGAUGAUUGUGAAAUUAAGGAUGCACUGUGAUAUUGAUUAUACUUUUGAGUCCUAGCGCUUUGUGGCUUUGUAGUUAUAACAUAUUGUGAAAUGUCUACAUACAGUAUUUAGUUAAGAGUUGGCAGUAGUAAAACUGUUUGUUUCUUUUAUCUCCUUGUUUCGUGACUUUUGAAGACUUUAAUUGAGUAGUUGUUGAUAAGAAUUCCUCUUAAAUCUCUCAGCCACUGCAUCACCAGGCUGUUCAAAAGACUUGUUUUCCUGUUGACUCAUUAAUGGACUCAAUGUUGGGCCAGGAUGCUUCCUCUAGAAAACAAAAAAAAACAGAGGAGAGAGAGAGUAGAGAGAGAGCAGAGAGAAGAGAAGAGAGUAGGUAGGCGGAGAGAGGAGAGGAGAGAGGAGGCGAAGAGGAGAGAAGAAGGAGAGAGCAAAGUGGAGAAGAGAAGCGGAGAAGGAGAGCGAGCGAGGGAAGGACUCGUAGAAAGCGCGAGCAGAUCUCGCGCAGCGAGCGAGGACAAAUGAUCGAGGAGAGCGCGAAGCGAUGAAGCAGCGGAGAGUAUCACUCUCUCUCUCAUCUCUCUCUCUCUCUCUCUCACUCUCUCUCUCACUCUCUCUCAUCUCUCUCUCUCUCUUUCUCUCUCUCUCGCCCUCUCUCUUCUUUAUACUCUAACCUCAUCUGUCCUACCCUCUCUCCUAAUUUCAUCUUUCCUUCUGACUCACUCAGAAAUUAGUCCAAUAAAUGUUAUUUUUCAUCUGUUGUAUGUUCAGUCCAGUGUUGUAACCCUCCUCUUUCUCCCCCUAUAGAUUCCCAAGCUGUCCAGGAGUCGGGCGACAGAUCCCACUGGUGCAUGGUUGCGUACUGGGAAGAGAAGACCCGCGUGGGGCGCCUCUACUCGGUCCAGGAGCCUUCUCUGGACAUCUUCUAUGACCUACCUCAGGGGAACGGCUUCUGCCUGGGCCAGCUCAGCUCCGACAACAAGAGCCCGCUGGUUCAGAUGGUGCGGACCAAGAUCGGCUAUGGCAUCCAGCUGAGCCGCGAGCACGACGGGGUGUGGGUGUACAACCGCAGCUGCUACCCCAUCUUUAUCAAGUCGGCCACACUGGACAAUCCCGACUCGCGGACUUUACUGGUGCAUAAAGUGUUCCCCGGCUUCUCCAUUAAGGCCUUUGACUUUGAGAAGGCAGACAGCCUGCAGAGGCCUAAUGAUCAUGAGUUCACACAGCAGCCGAGGACUGGGUUUACUGUACAGAUCAGCUUUGUGAAGGGCUGGGGCCAGUGCUACACAAGACAGUUUAUUAGUAGCUGCCCAUGUUGGCUGGAGGUCAUAUUCAACAACCAAUAG